GUACCUGUGGCGAACACGGACAAUGUGAUGGCUAUUGACCAGAUGGAGACCGCAUACUACACCCUGAUCUCGCGCGAGGUCAAGGGCGGCGUGUCGGCUGAGUACAGGCCAAGUACUGCGCAUCUCGCACUCGAUGGGAACGAGCAUCCGAGACUGGUAACCCUUGGCGGUGAUCAUACAAUUGUUCUGCCCAUUCUUCGUGCCCUGAACAAGGUCUACGGACCCGUCAGCGUGAUCCACUUUGACGCACACUUGGACACUUGGCAACCACAGCCAGGCAGCUCAGCACAGGGUCGGAUCACCCACGGAACGUUCUUCCACAUCGCUGGCGAGGAGGGCCUGAUUCGCAACACAAGCAUCCAUGCUGGGAUUCGGUGUGAGAUGCGUGUGGGUCCCUGCAUUCCUCUUAGCUGGCGCAACCUUGACAGGUUGCGCAGGGACCGGAGGACGUCCAAAACGAUGAGGCGGUCGGAUUUCAGAUUGUGUCCACUGAGGAUAUCGACGACUGGGGCAUCAACAUGGUUAUCAAGAAGAUCCGCCAGCGAGUUGGAUCCAGUCCAGUAUAUCUCAGCCUCGACAUUGACGUUGUUGGUCCGUUGGCUCAUCCCUGGCUACUGUCUCUCACUCACUCAUCCUGAUAGACCCUGGCCAGGCCCCCGCGAGUGAGUAGAGGUGAAAUCCUGGUUUUCCCCUCCUCUUACGACUUUCGGCACAGCUGGGACUCCAGUGACAGGUGGCUGGACAACCGUGAGGUGAAGCGCAUUCUGCGAGGGCUUUCGGGGCUCAACUUCGUCGGUGCUGACGUCGUCGAGGUGGCUCCGGCAUAUGACAAUGCGGAUAUCACGGGUAUUGCUGCCGCGGAUAUUGUUUACGAUUUCCUGGAGAUGAUGCAGAUGGAAAGUCCUCCCCAACCUCACAAGGGACCCUUUUUCAAGUCCGAGCUGAGACGCUAGAAGCAGUAGAGACUGUGUAGAGCUGAUGGUAUUGUCAAGCCACAUCCAGAGCAAGCGGAAUGCAAUGUACAUUCAUUUAUUCGGUUUCCGUUGUUGAUACAGUAUUUGGUGAGGGUGGCAAGAUACAGCAAAGCAUAUACAGAACUAAACGAUGAGCGAGUGGAUGAUAAUGAACAAUCAAACAAGCCAGUAACUGGGCAGAACAUUUGCGACAUCUUCAACAUACCAGUAGCGCAGCCUCAGCCUCUCCUUUUGGGCUUUGGUCAGCUUCUUUUUCUUGGUGGGAUCUUCCUCUUCGAAGUCUCCCUGGCGGGCCAUUUGAACCCAAAUUCCUCCAACACCCAUCCCGACACGCAAAAGCGCAGCAGACUCUGCAGUCACAAGGAUCGUGAUGUCCCCAUCAAACGAGUGCUUCAGUCUGAGCGGUUCCUGUGAGCAGCGCAGAGUCUCCGGCUCCGCCAACACAUCCGAGCUUUCUUCGCCAUCCCAAUUCGGCCACGGCUCCAGCACGACACGCCAGAGGCGCCCCUCCAAAGCGCGUUCGACGUCGUCCGGGACUGGCCCAGGGCCGUCCAGCGGUGCGCUGGGCGGCGGCACGUUCUGUACGGGCUCGAGGAUCUGGCGAACCCGGCGCAUCGAGCGCUCAACCAUACCCGCCGUGUGUGUGGAAGCUAUUCCGACACCGGCCGCUCC